AACCUAAGUGGCCAAUACACAUGCACACACAUCCGCCAAAGGAUAGGUCAUAACACAUUUAGAAUUUUAUUCAAAUUUCAGUCUGCUACGAACUUUUGAAACAAAAACAUCACAAAACGAAAGAAAACUACAAAAAAGGAUAAUAAGAAAAAUAAACAAAAAAAAAUCAAAAUAAGUUAUAUUUUUCUGCUGUUAAUUUAAAAAGAAAAUCCAAAUUUUAAUAUGAGCGACGAGGAUCAAGAUUUUUUGGAAGUAAACCCCGACUCAACAUGGCUAGAAAAGACCACAAUUGGAGGAUUUCGUGUUUGGCACAUUAUUGCCAUAUGUUUGGGAAUAAUAAUGAGCAUAAUCAUAAUGGUGUGUUGUUGUGUACGCUUUCGAAUACCCCGAACAAAACAAGAAAUCGAAGCUGACUAUCAAAGAAAACAGAUCACAAAGAAAUUUCGCGAAAAAUUACAACAAAUCAAAAAUUCUGAAAUGGAUGAUAUGGAUUUACAGAAAGCCAUUGAAUAUAUACUCUCCAAUUAUCUCAUAAAGCAAUGUAAUAGUGUUGAGAGCCUGGACAAGGAUCCAAAUAAACUUAAAAAUAAUCACAUAAGUGUAAUUGAUAAUAUAAAAGUAUAAUUAGAACCAAAAACCAUUUUCGUAAAUUUUAUUAUGUAUUUGCAAAAUGAA